UUUUUUUUUAAUAUCGAUAUGGCUGGGAAACAAGGAAAAGAUUUAGCGUUAUCCAUAUUGCGUGUGUUACCGAGAGUGACAUUAGGGAAUAUCCGGGAUAAUCCUGGUGCAUACAAGAAAUCUAAACGUGGAAGAGGUCAACACGGUGGUAACAAACAUGGUUGUGGCAACAAAGGUUCCAAACAAAGACAGAAUUACAUGCGUCUGGGUUACGAGACCGGAAACACUCCUUUCUACAUAAGAUUCGGUUUAGAACCUUAUUACAAGGGCCAUCAUUUGAGACGAGAAUAUCCGCCGCUUUCUCUAAAGAACUUGCAAAUGUUUAUCGACACAAAUCGGCUAGAUAUCUCUAAGCCAAUCGAUCUUAUAUCAUUAAUUAAUACCGGCUUGUAUGAUAUCAAUCUGAAACACAAACACGCAGGUGUUCAUUUAACAGAUGAGGGUGCGGAAUGUUUUAAAGCUAAGGUAAAUAUAGAAGUGCAGUGGGCCAGCGAACCUGUAAUCGCGGCGAUUGAGAGAAAUGGUGGUGUGAUUACGAAUGCGUACUACGAUAUGAUCAGUCUUGAAGCCAUCACUAAUGUAGAACAGUUUUUCAGCAGAGGCGAACCGAUACCGCGCAGAUUUUUACCACCGACGGAUUGCCUGAAGUUCUAUUCCAGUGCUGCCACAAGAGGAUACCUGGCCGAUCCUGAAAAGAUUUCACAGGAGAGACUGGUGCUGGCGCAAAAAUACGGCUACGAAUUGCCGAAAAUCGAAGACGAUCCCGAUUGCGAGAUGCUCCGCGAGCGCAAAGAUCCGCGACAAUUGUUCUACGGUCUUGAACCAGGCUGGGUGGUUAGUCUCAGAGAUAAACUGAUAUUCAAACCCAAAGCACAAUAUUUGAAAGACUACUACGCAAGUUGAAGAGAAUUAUAUAAGGAUGUUGACAAGAUAUAUAAUUGUAUUAAAAAAUGAUGUAUAUGUAACACGUAAUAAAAAUAUAGUAUCUGUGUCACACGA